CGGCUUAAAUCGGAUGAUUAACCGCCCUACCUGCAUCUCGAGUUGCUAGGGUUUCUUUCAUCCCGCAACCGCUGCAGACGGCAUGAAGCUCAACCCUAGGGUUUCGAGCUCCCGGCGCAAGUGCCGCAAGGCCCAUUUUACGGCGCCAUCCAGUGUGCGGCGAAAGCUCAUGAGCGCUCCCCUGUCUUUGGAUCUUCGCGGGAAGCACAGCGUGCGGUCGAUGCCGGUGAGGAAAGACGACGAGGUGCAGGUGGUGCGCGGCACCUUCAAGGGCCGGGAGGGCAAGAUCGUCCAGGUGUACCGGAAGAAAUGGGUCGUCCACAUCGAACGCAUCACCCGAGAGAAGGUGAACGGAUCCACUGUUAACGUUGGCAUCGACCCUUCCAAGGUUGUCAUCACCAAGCUCAAGCUCGACAAGGACCGGAAGUCUCUCCUGGACCGCAAAGCUCGUGGGCGCUCCACCGACAAGGCCAAGGGCAAGUUCUCCGCUGAGGAGGUGGCCGCCGGCUCUGCUCCCUCCCUCCAGGAGAUUGAUUGAUAUUUCCCGAAUGUUACAGACCUUCGGUGAUAUUCUAUUACGUUUUUUGUUUUAGUUUUACUUCCACUUCAGCAAAGUUGGAUUUAGAAAUUUUUAAUUUUGCUCCCUAAAAUUUAUAAAUUUCUAUUCUUCUGUUGUUA